UACUGCGCAUGCUCUCCUGGACCCCGGAAGUUUUGAAUCUGAAAGUUGUUGUCCCGUGGAGCUAAAUUGUUUUCAUUUUUGAUUUUUCCAACUGUAUAUUCUUUAAACUCAUUUCUUCCGACAAGUCCUCCAGAAUCGGACUUUAAAACCUUCCGCUGUCUUCCGGCUGAGUGAGCAGGCAGCCGGGGACCGCCGCUCUCUGUCCCGCCCGGAGCAGAGCCUCAUGUCCGGCUUCGGCCUGGUCCCGGUGGACGGCGGGGAUCUGGUCCCGCUGCCGCCGGGUGAGACGGUGCUGGGCCGGGGUCCCUUCCUCGGGGUCAGUGACACCAGAGUUUCCCGCCGCCACGCUCUGCUGGAGAACCUGGACGGACAGCUGCGACUCAAGCCGACCCACAUCAACCCGUGUUUCCUCCUGUCGUCCCCGAACGAUGACCCCCGACCCUUGGAGAGGGGCUCCUGGCACCGGCUUCACCCCGGAGAUCAGUUCUCUCUGCUGCCGGGUCGCUUCAUCUACCGGGUGGCGCCCAGGUACCCGCCUCCCAGGCGUUGUCAUGGUGAUGGUGGGGCGUGUCACUACCAGGAUGAGGUUAACUAUAGCGGUGCUUUGUUCUCAUGUCCUGCUGCAGCUCUAACUGCGUCUCCGUCUCUCUGCAGAAACAGUCAGAAGUUUGAGGAAGAAGACGGAGCUCUUCCCCUUCCUGCCGGGUCCGAUGCGGCGGCUCCUCUGCUGGUCAGACCGGGUCAGGAACAGACUUCCUGUCCAGACAAGAACCGGCACAGCAGCGAUUUCAGGCAGGAAGUCUCAACUCCACGUCUGGACGGCGUUCAGAGCGACGAGGCUCCGCCUCCUCCCAGGAGGCGGGUCUUACCUGCCUGGAUGAUGGCGGCUGCUGCGGCUUCAGCCUCCAAAGGCGUGAAGAGGAGUAAACCUGCUGCCUCUCAGGCCCCGCCCACUUUAUCCCCGCCACCUGAGGGGGCGGAGCUCCGUGAGGAAGGCGCCGAGAGGCCGAGGAAGAAGAGUCGGGCGAUGAGCAGCGAGGAAGAAAUCCUCCCAACACAAACAGAUGACCUCUGGGAUGAGUCAACCUCCAGAGGUCAGAUCGUACCCACCAGGUCAGGGGUCAGCUCUGCGCCGUCCCGCAGCGCAGCAGCUGAGAAAUCACAGCAGGAGGAGAAGAAGACCCGGUCUGGAGUCAGAACCGCUUGUCCCUACGGGAAGGACUGCUACAGGAAGAACCCGCUUCACUUCCAGGAGAGCAGUCACCCUGGAGACGCCGACUACGAGGAAGAGGAGGAGGAGGAGGAAGAGCGACCGGAGUGUCCAUACGGCGCCGCCUGCUACAGGAAGAAUCCUCUCCACCGGAAGCAGUUCAGACACACGGAGCGACCCGUCCCCCGCUCCGCCGACGAUGACCCCGACGAUGACCCCGACGACGACCCCGACAGCUUCAUCAGCGACGACUCAGGCGACGACUCGGACUACGAGCCGCAGGACGACCUGCAGCGGCAGAACGAGGCUAAGGCCUUCCUGAGGAAGAGGAGGAGGUAGAGGAGGAAGAUCGGGUCACAUGACCCAUCCGGCUGAAACUCUGAUCACCAGCCUGAUGACAGGAAACACUAAAGGAGGGGGGUUUUCAAAUUAAAAGCUGUAGGUGUGGAGCCGGAAGCAGAAAAGGGAAAUAUUUUUAUUUAUUAAUGUUUCUGUUUUUUGUCCAGCAGUUUUAUUUCUGAUGCUUUUAAUGUGAAAACAUCAGGAAAUGUGAAACGAGAAUCAAUCUUUUAUUUUUAAACGGUUUCUUCUUUACUCCACUUUUUAUUUUUAAAUUAAAAGCUAAUGGGUGGGCUUUUAAUUUGAAAAGACAUUUAUUUAAAGAAGAAGCAGCUGAAGCUGUGUGACAUAAUCACAAGAAAUUUAGUUUAACAUGACUUUUAUUGUGAAAGGUCAGAGUUGAACAAAAUAAACAUUUCCUGACUUUAAGCCUCUAUUUAUUUUUCUUUCACAAUAAAAGUCUUGCCAGAUUUGAUUGGCUUUUAAUGUGAAAAAUGUAAAAAGUUUCUAAAAGUUAAAGUUGGAUGAAGACUCAUAAACUGGACUUCUAUCAUUUUAGUUUUUAUCUUAAAUAAAUCUGGAUUCAUUUUUAUUUCUUUAAGCUCUUAAAAUGUUUUAAAUCAAAAUAAAAACUUUUUUUUUUCUUCCGGCGUCUUGUUUGAAGUUGACCAUAAAUAACAGAAGUUUUAAUUCAAGCGAUAAAAUCCACAUCAGACCGAACUGGACCGCCAUCAGAACCGGGACCAAAGCGGAACUGUUCCUCCGCUGCUGGCAGGGUGCGGAGAGCGGUCCAGUUAAAGUCCGUGUUCCUGUAAGGGGGAAUUUUCCUGCCAUAAUUCAAGAGCACACAUGUUCAUUUUGAAAGCAGCACUUCAUGUCUUUCUUCUUAAAACUUGUGUCACAAAACUUCUCCUGGAGCUCACUCUGCUCGCUUACAAAACAUGGAACAGCCUUAGGCGCCUGGCAACCUCUCAGCCAAUAGACUGAAAGAGUUGUGUGGCGUGCCUUGUGGCUACCAUCAAUUGUAGCAACUUGCGAAACCCAGUGGAUGUAGGGAGAAACAACGAUGUCAGCUUUCUGCCCCAUAGGUCACUAAACAUCCUCCAGCAGAGCUUUGGUAGGUGACUGAUCGCUAACAGCUACCAAUCGCUAACAGCUACCGAUCACUAACAGCUACUGAUCACUAACAGCUACCAAUCGCUAACAGCUACCGAUCACUAACAGCUACCAAUCGCUAACAGCUACCAAUCACUAACAGCUACCGAUCACUAACAGCUACCAAUCGCUAACAGCUACUGAUCACUAACAGCUACCAAUCGCUAACAGCUACCGAUCGCUAACAGCUACUGAUCACUAACAGCUACCAAUCGCUAACAGCUACCGAUCACUAACAGCUACCAAUCGCUAACAGCUACCAAUCACUAACAGCUACCGAUCACUAACAGCUACCAAUCACUAACAGCUACCGAUCACUAACAGCUACCGAUCGCUAACAGCUACCGAUCGCUAACAGCUACCGAUCGCUAACAGCUACCGAUCACUAACAGCUACCAAUCACUAACAGCUACCGAUCACUAACAGCUACCGAUCGCUAACAGCUACCAAUCACUAACAGCUACCGAUCACUAACAGCUACCGAUCGCUAACAGCUACCAAUCGCUAACAGCUACCAAUCGCUAACAGCUACCGAUCGCUAACAGCUACUGAUCACUAACAGCUACCAAUCGCUAACAGCUGCUCCAUCCUUGUUGUUUAUUGAUCUGCCUUUUCAAAUUAAAAGCCCUGCCAGAACCAAAAUGUUCUGAAUUGAUCUCAGAUUAGAGAAAUAAACCAUGCAUCUCAUAAAAACUCCUGAUUUGAUCUAAAUAUUAAUAAAUGUUCUGCUUUAUAGAAACUGUUUCAGUUUCCUUUAGGAGAAAAU